CCUGGGGGCGGAGCCCAGCGGCGGCGUACAUAAGAGCGGCCCCCGGUGGGCCCCCCCCGCUCACUUGCGCGUUAGGAGGCUCUGGUCGUUUUGUCGCGUCGUCUUCCUGCCUGCGUCAGGGACCUGCCCUACUCUGUGGCCACCAUGGCAUCAGAUGAAGGCAAGCUUUUCGUUGGAGGGCUGAGUUUUGACACCAAUGAGCAGUCGCUGGAGCAGGUCUUCUCAAAAUACGGACAGAUUUCUGAAGUGGUGGUCGUGAAAGACAGGGAGACCCAGCGGUCGAGGGGCUUUGGGUUUGUCACCUUUGAGAACAUUGAUGACGCCAAGGACGCCAUGAUGGCCAUGAAUGGGAAGUCUGUAGAUGGGCGACAGAUUCGAGUUGACCAGGCCGGCAAGUCAUCCGACAACCGAUCCCGUGGGUACCGAGGUGGCUCUGCUGGGGGCCGAGGAGGCUUCUUCCGUGGGGGCCGAGGCCGGGGACGUGGGUUCUCCAGAGGAGGAGGGGACCGAGGCUAUGGGGGGAGCCGGUUCGAGUCCAGGAGUGGGGGCUAUGGGGGCUCCAGAGACUACAGUAGCCGGAGUCAGGGUGGUGGCUACGGUGACCGGAGCUCAGGAGGGUCCUAUAGAGACAGCUAUGACAGUUAUGCUACACACAACGAGUAAAAAUCCUUCCUGCUCAAGAUCGUCCUUCCAAUGGCUGUAUAUUUAAAGAUUUUGGGAGCUUCGCUGAAUCGUUAAUGUGUAGUGAACACAUCUCCUUGUACCCACUUUUGUAGUCUUACCAGUUCUAAUCUUGUCAGACACAGCCUGACUGCUUCUCACCCCCUAGAUGGCCUAUUAGACUUUACUUUUUAAGGAAGCGCUGUCAGUUUUUAAGGGUUUUAAAAACGUUUUUAAAAAGCACUUCUGAUUUUACUUUUUACUUUUUUUUUUUUUUUUUUAAUUUAACCAUGAGCCAUGAGUUUUUGAGAAUAUCAUUGGGGGUUGUGUGGGUUUUUUGGUUUUGGUUGUGUUGUCUUUUUUUAUUUCCCUUUUUAGUGGGGUUGGGUGAAGUUGGGCUCCCCCACCCCCACUUGAUUCAAGUCUCUGAGACUGGACAGACUUUGAGUCCGUUUUUUGUUAGAAGCUGAGCAGGCCAUAGCUUUUUUCCAAUUCCAUGUACUGUUUCUGAGUGUAGCAUGGUGGGACCGGCCCCAGGUGGCAGCAGAGGUGCCUGGCUGUCUGGGCCCAGCCUGUACAGCCCAUCUGCUGUAUAUAGCUCACAGUAGACUCGAAGAUGUCCCUGAGAGGUUCUUGAAAAUGUUUUAUUUAUAUUGUCCUUUUUUACUGGAAGACAUAUGCAUAUCCUAUUGAUGUUGUAUUUGAAGUGGUUAAGGAAUUCUUGUACACAGUUUCUUUGGCUUUACGAAGCUGAUUAAAAGACCGUCUGAAAUGAA